AUGGCGUUGCGAACGUUUCGAUCCAAUCCGGCGCUAGGUGGCUUUGGGGGCGAAUCAUCCACCUUGAUCGACACUGAACAACACCGAGGGGUACGGCAGUCCUCACCAGGAGGUGACGCCUUUGCGCAAAUCAUCAAAGAAAUAGUCGACAACGCAGUUGAUGCCUGUACGGAGGAUGACAAUAUCAACCGACGGAAGGUUCCGAACGAGGAAAAAAUGACACGGAUCAAGCGUGUCCGAGUCGUCAUUGAACGAUUCGAGACAGAGGCCGAAAGAGACACAGACUGUUCCGGCAAAGCUGAUAAAACUGGUAGUAACAGUUCCGAUGAGGUACUACGUGUGACUGUCUCGGAUAAUGGAUGUGGUAUGAAAGACAUUCAAGCUUGUGUGGACCCCUUUCAUACGAGCAAAGCUCACGCAACAUUGGGAACUGGAACGACGAGCUCAACCCGUCCAACACAACACACUUCCGGACGAUACGGCAUCGGUCUCACACUUUCACUACUACACACGCAACGUAUGGUGGACAAUUCCUGUGCUUCCAUCAAGUCCGCCACUACCAAUCAAAAGCAUUGGACGUGUAUGAAAUGCGUUGUGGAUACGGAGGGAGAUUCGCGUGCUGGUACCGGUGAGUUUGACAAAACAACGCUUUGGAAACGGCCUGCCUUUCUUGUCGCUCAACUAAUUUUCUCUACAUGUAAGGGCGGUUCUACAGCUGUUACGGAAUGGCCCCGACUGGCCGAAUACUUUGCCCGCUUUCAAUUGAUUAUAGGCUUGAAGUGCAGCAUUGAAAUUCUCGCUCCAACUCUAUCUCCUCUUCCCCUUGCCAUCCGCCCAUCGAUAUCACAUGUCGAUGCGAAAGCCGAGCUAUGCCGGGCCGUUGAACUAUACUUGGAACGCCAGUGUCCUUCGGACAACGUCGCUCACGCGCUGGUUCCCAUACGCCUUCAAAACGAUCCUUCGGGGAAAGAUGGCGACCCACAAAUGGAGGUUGGCAUUGCUGUUUUGGGAGUCCCAGAGCAUAUGGAAGAGUUGGAGGAUAAAAAUAACAAGUAUGCAAAAGACAUGGACGAGACUGUCACGAAAGGGGCGGCAACGAUGUCGGUUGUUCGGAUCGUGAACCAUACACCACUGCUAGACAGUACCGAAGCAAUAGCGUGUGGUAUUGUACAGGGUAUUGUUUCAAAGAAGAAGUUGUGGAAUUCAUACGGACUGGAAGUAUCAUUGGAUCGACUGGAUCGAAUCACUAAAAUACCAACUUUCGUUGUCAAAGACAGUGAUCAGCUAACGCCGUUUUUUGUGAAAGGCACCCACCAUAAAUUCAAGUCAGUAAAGGACGACACCGAAUCGGAUGACGAGUGUUUUGUCCUUGACGAACACGAAUACCGAAAGCGGAAACGAACGAACGAACUGAGUCGAUUGUCACCGGCGGAGGGACGCCUUCCGAUCGACAACUCGGCAAUUGAUUCUGCUCUCGAAGUCGGUCUGACACAGUGUCUACGGCUUUUGCAAAAGAGCAAUCCAGAUCUUCUUUUGACAGCCAACGAACUCAAACAUUUCCAGCGAGAUGUCCAGUAUGUCCCUGCAUGCUCUUCGGCACUACUUUCCAUCAUCACAAAAGCUAAUUCUUUGAAUUCGUCUUUGCUGGGGUGUGUCAAUCAGUGGGAGAAUACAAAUCGGAAAGGUCAAAAACUGGGGCAAGUAGAAACAAAGUCGAAGGAAGAUGACUUUACUCGGGAACGCCUUGGGACGUUGAUGGAAAAUCGCUUUCGAAGUGUUCUUGCGAACAAAGGAAAGAAAAGUCGCGGAAAAGUCGAAGUAAACAACGAUAGCAAAUGCCGGUCGCUUGGAUUGUCCGGUAUGAAUUCGGAUACUUGCAAAGUCCUCGAUUCAUUGGUGCAUAGUGAGGCUUCCACACGCGGCGACGACGACUCCAGCAACGGUGACUCUGAUGGCGAUUUGAAAUCUCUCGGAGCUAUCGCCAUACCAUUUCACGAUUCUAUAG